CCUCGCUUAUGUCACUCUCUCAGUCCCUCCACUGGUUUCCCUCGCCCAAAAACCAUCUCUUCGGGAGCGAACCUCCGCGAUACAGUCGCCAUUAGAGGUAGCUGCGAAGCAAAAGACGGGAUAGCUGUUUACAGAGACCACCGAAACUCCCAUCUUUCUCAUCCUUCCUCUCCGCUCCUACCAGAAACCAUUGAGGAAGGAUUUAGUAAAUCCUGGAUUUAUCUCGAAUCGGCGGCGGGAUUUAUGGGAGUUCAGGAUUUUAGGAGGCAUUUUUUGCCGUUUGGCAGGAUUUAGUUAAAAUCCCGCAUAAAUCCUGCUUAGAACCGGCUACCAAACAGCCCUUAUUCUCUGUUAUGCUCGUCGAUUUUUGCUGUCGGAGAUGUCCAUUGGAGUGCGGCAGCUCACGGUACUUCGAGAGUUCAAGCCCUUUGGCCUCACAGCCGAGGAGCAGGACGGUAAGCCAGCAGCGGACGUGUCAGAGAAGUAUGCCUACUUCCUUUUUGGUUCUGAGGUCACUCGCGAGAGGGACGAUCUCCUCCCAAUUGACAGCGAUUUCUCUUCCACCGGUUCACCCUUCGAUUGCGGCGACCAGGAACUGUUCAUUAGAGGAAACCGGAUUAUAUGGAGCAAAGGUUUCGAAGUUCAUAAAAGAUAUAGCUCUUCAAACAAUAUUGUUACUGCUUGCUGGUGUCGCAUGGAUGCUUUCCCUGAUGCACUUCUUUGUGUUCUAGAAAUCAAUAACUUAUCAGUAUACUAUGUAUCUGGCGAGGUUAUCUGCAUUCCUCUUCCAUAUACCAUCACGAACAUCUGGCCCACUCCAUUUGGUUUACUUCUACAAAAGUCGACAGAUGAACACCGUUCGGUAAAAACUUCUAGUUCAAUAGUAUAUGCAAGAGAUACUGGUCGUGCGCCAAAGGAUUAUCGCAGCCGGCGCUACACUGCAAAUCAGCAUAAUUACCUUGAACCAAUUGUCAAGGAAGUUGGUGCUUCAUUAUCAUCACACUUGAUUUUGAAGCAUCCUAUGGGCGAACUGCAGGCAACUUAUAUCGAAGAAAGGGGAAAAUUGACCGUAAUGAAGGAUUAUGAGGAGAGGACAAUAUGGACAAGCGAUGUGAUACCAUUGAUGACAUCAUACAAUAAAGAUAGGUUGCAGCACUCUGUCUGGCUUGUUGAAGCUGCAGAUAACUGCAACAAUGUUGAUGCUGGUACCUUGACUGAGCAAAGUCCAAGUGAUUUUUGCCCGCAAAAGUUCUCCCUUCGAAGGAUAUGGCAAGGAAAAUGUUCUCAAUUUGCUGCUAGUAAGGUGUUUUUUGCUACUGAUAGUGAUGGCGUUCCUAUCAUAUGUUUUCUGCUGCAAGAACAAAAACUACUUUCUGUGAGGCUCCAAAUUGAUGAGGGGGGUGAUGGAGUUUCUAUUGAUGUGAGGCCUCUUAUGAUCUGGAGCAUCCCUGCAAUUUCUGCUGCUACAGUAACUGUGACACGCCCAAGGGUCAAAGUGGGGCGCCUAACCUUCAUGGACAUAAUUGUGUUGGAUUGUGAAGGCUCUCUUCUUCUAUAUACGGGUGACCAAUGCCUAUGCAAGUAUAUAUUACCUGUUGGUGUGGGAAGUGGGCCUAUUCCAGUUGAUGAUAAUUCUUCAAGAUUAUCAAAUUUAUCCUAUGGCAUUAAGAUCGUUGGAAUUGAUGAUGCUGUGGAAGGACGUUUCAAUAUAACGUUGAAUUCAGGCCGGAUGUCUGAACAUGCUGUAAUGCAGAUAUUCAGAUGUACUUUGCAUUGCAGCCCAUCUUCCUCUCUUGCAAAUGAUUGCUUGAUGGCGAUGGCUGAAGGAUUGCACUCUUCUUCGUACAGUCAUUUCUUACGUGUUCUCUGGGGUAGCGGUUUUUCAGCAAGCUCCCAAAAUAAUGAAUCAAAUGUAGAAUCCCAAUGGGAAUCUUUUCUGAGUACAGUUCACCGAAUCAUUGAUCUGCAUCAGUCUAGUCGUCACAGUUUCCCUAAAAUUCCAUCCACGUCAUGGGAUUUUCUGAUUAGUAGCAAAUUCCAUACUAGCUAUGGUAAGCAGGUUCCAAACUCUUGUAUUUCGGUGGUGAAUGUUUCAGGCUGCAGAGAUUCUCUCUCCGCUGCUGUUCACGUGCCUGACAAGAGAAGUCCAGAAGUGAUUUAUUAUAGGCAGCUUUCGUCGGAAAUGCUAGAUUCUUUGCAUGCCCUUUAUGAGAACUUGAAACUCAACAAUCUUCGCAAGCAGGAUUUGUGGAAACUCGUUGUUCUGUUAUGUAAAAUCGCUGCUUCCUUAGGUGAGGCAAGCUAUGUCGAUUAUUAUGUUCGCGACUUCCCCUGUGUCUUAUCUGAUAUUUAUUUCUUCCAAAGGACUGUUACACAAAGAGCUCCACCAAGCCUCUUCCAUUGGCUUGAAACUUGUCUACGACGGGGAUGUCAUUUGGCUGAUUUAAAUUACCUUCCAUCUCUUAUUUUUAAAGGUAACAGUAAUGCCUUGUGCUGGGCAAGAAAAGUUGUAUGUUUCUAUAGUUUAUUGUUAGGCGCUGAGAGGAAUGGGAAGAAACUCUCUACUGGCGUAUAUUAUGACAUUGCUAAGGGAACUGCCCAGACACCAGAGGAACUCACUGUCUUGGCUAUGGUUGCUGAAAGAUUUGGACACCCGCAGCUUGAUUUACUGCCUGUUGGUGUUUCUCUUCCUCUUCAUCAUGCAUUGGAUAAGUGUAGAGAUUCUCCUCCUUCAGAUUGGCCUGCAGCAGCCUAUGUUCUUGUUGGGCGCGAGGAUCUAGCAAUGGCAUCUCUUAAGCCUUUUAACCAACAAGAGAACAUACAAAACAAUGUGAAUUUAACGUCCUUUUCACCAGCCUACAGGCUUCAUUUGCGGCCUGUGACGGUUCCUUCAUUUGUUUCUGAGAAUACAAGAGUCGGUAUUACUAAAGUAGAGGAUGCAGAUGCGACGAAAUCUGUGGAAGAUGGCAUGGAGCACAUUUUCAAUUCAAACACACAGUUACGUUUCGGUCGUGAUCUUCGUUUGAAUGAGGUUCGGCGAUUAUUGUGCUCAGCAAGGCCUGUGGCUAUCCAAACACCUGCCAGCCCUACUGCCACUGAUCAGGACUUCCAGCAGCAUCAACUAUGGAAUCUUGCACAAAGAACGACUGCUCUACCAUUUGGCCGCGGGGCAUUUACUUUGGCCACUACUUACACUCUUUUGACUGAGGCACUCUUUGUUCCAAAGCUCAUAUUGGCGGGUCGAUUACCUUCUCAACAAAAUGCAACUGUUAAUCUGGACCCAAAUUUAAGGAGCAUUUCGGAACUCAAGUCUUGGCCAGAGUUUCACAAUGGGGUUGCUGCAGGACUGAAGCUAGCACCCUUUCAGGGGAAAAUGUCCAGAACAUGGAUUCUAUACAACAAGCCUCAGGAACCAAACUUCUCUCAUGCUGGAUUACUUCUAGCUUUAGGUUUGCAUGAGCAUUUGCGGGUUCUCAUGAUUAGUGAUGUCUAUCGCUAUCUUGCACAGGAGCAUGAUAUUACCACUUGUGCACUAUUGCUCGGCCUUUCAGCAUCUUCUCGAGGAACAAUGGAUCCUGCAAUAUCAAAGAUUCUUUUGGUUCAUAUUCCAGCUCGUCAUCCAUCAAACUUUCCAGAGUUGGAGUUGCCAACUGUUUUACAGUCUGCAGCUCUAAUGGGUAUUGGACUUUUAUAUGAAGGAUCGGCGCAUCCAUUAACUACAAAAAUUCUGUUGGGUGAAAUAGGUCGCAGAAGUGGUGGUGAUAAUGUGCUCGAAAGAGAAGGUUAUGCUGUUGCUGCAGGAUGUGCUUUGGGGCUUGUUGCUUUAGGCCGAGGCAGUGAUGCAUUCAGUUUCAUGGAUGCUUCUAUCGAUCAGCUUUUCCAGUAUAUUGGUAGCAAAGGAGUUAACAGUGAGAAAUCAUUUCACAUAGGACCAUCAUCAGAUGAUCAGAGUCGAAGCAUUGGGCAGAUGUUAGAAGGGACACACAUCAAUGUUGAUGUAACAGCACCAGGAGCAACAAUAGCACUAGCUCUUAUAUUUUUGAAGACAGAAUCUGAAGUUGUUGCAUCUAGACUUCAUAUCCCUACCAGUCACUUUGAGUUACAGUAUUUGAGGCCCGACUUCAUUAUGCUCCGUAUCAUUGCUCGCAGCUUAAUUAUGUGGAGUAGAAUUUGCCCAUCAAAAGGUUGGGUUGAUUCUCUUGUUCCCGCUGUUGUUAAUGUUGGGAUUGUGAGGUUAACAAAUGAGACAAAUGAUAACGAUGAAUUUGAUAGACAGGCGCUUGUACAAGCAUAUGUUAAUAUUGUCACCGGAGCCUGCAUUUCCAUUGGGUUAAAGUAUGCUGGUACUAGAAAUGGCGAUGCGCAGGAGUUGCUCUACAACUAUGCCAUUUACUUUCUUAGCGAGAUAAAAUAUGUUUCACACUCAAGUAAAACCGAUUUGCCUAAGGGACUCCUGCAUCAUGUUGAUCGAGGGACUUUGGAGAUAUCAUUGCAUCUAGUUAUCCUUUCUUUAUGUGUGGUUAUGGCUGGAUCUGGUCAUCUACAGACAUUUAGAUUACUCAGGUACCUUCGAAGCAGAAGUUCUGUGGAUGGUCACAUGAGUUAUGGAAUUCAGAUGGGUAUAAGUUUGGCAAUUGGAUUCUUGUUUCUUGGAGGAGGCGUGCGAACCUUUUCAACCAGAGACAGCGCUGUUGCUGCUUUGCUUAUAGCUCUCUAUCCACGUCUGCCUACCGGACCAAAUGACAACCGUUGCCAUCUGCAGGCAUUCAGGCAUCUGUAUGUCAUUGCUGCGGAGUCUCGCUGGUUGCAAACUGUAGAUGUUGACACUGGUUUGCCUGUUUAUAGUUCUCUUGAGGUGACUGUCCUAGAAACUGAUCAGUUUUCAGAGACUAGCUAUAGUGAAGUAACGCCUUGUAUUCUUCCUGAGAGAUCAACGCUGAAGAACGUUCGAGUUUGUGGGCCAAGAUAUUGGCCUCAAGUGAUAGAUUUUCUGCAUGAAGGUAAAAGUUGGCUGAAUUAUGCAGUGAAGAGUUAUCCUCUUAAUGGUGGCCUCCUUUAUGUGAAACGAAAGGUUGGAUUUUGUUCAUAUGUGGAUGAUCCGAUUGGAUGCCAGUCUCUGCUCUCUCGGGCAAUGCACAAGGUCUUUGAUAAACCAAGCUUAAACAAUUCUUCCAGUAGAUUCAGGGAUGAAUGCAAGCCAGGCUCUAAUAAAGUUGGUCAAUUGGUAGGCACCUUUUCAGCUGAUCCAAGUUUGAUAGCUUUUGCAGAAGUUUGCUGUGAGUCCUCUUGGAAUAAUGGAGACGACAAUUUCCAGGAAUUCUGCUCACAAGUAAUUUUUGAAUGUGUCAGCAAUGAUAGGCCAGCUCUUCUGCCGAUUUAUCUCUCACUGUACACAACAAUUGCAUCAAUGUGGGAACAGGUCAAAGAUGGCCGCAUUGUUUUUCAUGAUUUAUCUUUUCUACAAAGUUUAAAGCUUGCGUUAGCUUAUAAUGAAGCUUUGAAAAGUGGUAAACUCUCCACCACAAGAGGAGGAGGCAUCAUCCAAUCCACAUUUCUGGAAUCCAUCAAAAAGCAUGUAGAAGGAAUUCUCAGCAGCUCUUCAGGCCUGAGAGACUGUUUGAUAAAAUAUAUGAAUUUGGAGAAUUGGCCUCAUAACCUAUCUGGAUUCCAUGAACAAGAAGCCAUUCCAUUUUUUUGGUACCUUCAAUGGUACAGCUUGCCGCCGCCUCAUGUCGUUAAGGAAGCGGCACAGAAGAUCAGGGCAAGGGUUCCGUCUUCCUCCUCCAUGCUUCCUUUGCUGCGGUUAUUGCUGCCAAAUACCCAUAUCAAAGCGAUUUCCCAAAUUGAUGAGCUCCUGCUUUCAAGUGGUUCAAAAUAAAUUGGAACGAUCGCGAGCUGCGGCAGCGGCGGCAAAAUUUUGAAUCACCGUGAUUGGCACUUUAUUUUAUUUAUAACUUUUGUGCUUUAGACAUUCGAGCAGAGGAUAGCCUAACAAUGAGCUGUGAAAUAAGGUUUUUUCAGUCUAUAGCCAUGUCAUUGUUUUGUUAGUUUUAGGUUAUUGAGUCACUGAACAAGGCUUGUUAUUAGUUCUUAUAUCAUUAUUAUUUUUAAUCAUU